GACACGAAGGAAAGCUUCGAAGAAACAGAGCUUAACUUUGGAAUCCCUUUCAGAUUCAGACAGAUAUAGAGAGAGAGAGAGAGAAACUUAAAGAAAUUGAACCAUGAAGAGGAGAAUUCAACUUCAAGGUCAACAACGAUGGCGAUGAAGAACCCAUUUGACGGCGGUUUCUCAUUAUUGUAAAGGACUUGUUGAGUUAUUGCCUUAUUGGAACUUCAAAGUAAAAGAAGAAGAAGAAAACUGUUGAGAACGGCUUGGUUUGUUAAUUUAAUGGUGGCGAGGACUCGAUGAUCACCGCUUUCCUCCUCCACCACCACUGCAAACCCGAUUUUGACCCAUCAAGAGAGGAUUCCUCAGAGCAUGUCUGAUUUGGUGGCCCGCACUGGUCGACAUCAGCAGCGGUACGAUGCCGGUUGUCGCCUCGUCGCCGGGUGUAUUCCGUUUAGGUGUAGAGAUUCUGAUAGUAGUGAUGCCGAAUCUGAGAAGAUUGUUGAGGUGCUUAUGAUCAACUCAACUAGUGGACCAGGUCUUUUGUUUCCAAAGGGAGGAUGGGAGAAUGAUGAGACUGUUGAAGAAGCGGCGGUACGGGAAGCUUUCGAAGAAGCUGGUGUUCGAGGGGAGCUAAUGGAUUUGCUAGGGAAUUACCAUUUCAGAAGCAAAACCCUCCAAGACGAGUUCAGCCCAGAGGGUUUGUGUAAAGCUGCAAUGUUUGCUCUACUUGUCAAAGAGGAGCUGAAAUUUUGGCCAGAACAGAGCACCCGCCAGAGGAAAUGGCUAGUCAUUCCAGAAGCAGUUGAGAGUUGCAGGCAUGCAUGGAUGCGAGAGGCCCUUGAAGAAGGCUUCUCCAAGUGGUAUGUUGAGAAGGUGAUGAACAUAGAGGACCAUAUCAUUUCUUCUCAUUCCUCCCUCGACCAACAUUGAUUUUGUAUUGUGUGCACACACACAUGUAUUGGAAUGCUCACAAACAUGCACAUACCUGAAGCUGUUUGGGGUAUUUUUCUAUUUUGCAGUCUUUUUUUUUUUUUUUCCUUCUUUCAUUUGCUUCAGGAAGUAACAGAAAACAAUACCCAUGAGGAUGCUGUUCCAAUCUGUUUAUUCUUUUGGCAUUGCUUGUUUAUACCCAUGUUCCUACGGGCUAAGACUACCUCAUGCUAACGACACCUUUAAAAUAUU